AUCAAAAAUAAAUAAUCACUGCAGAAGGAGAAGCGCACAAGUUUUCCGCCUACUUGCCAGGAACCAGGAAAUAAUCAUGGUAUUUUGAUACAUAGGUCCACUCUCACUUGAUUUUAGUCGUUGUGACAUAUUUACUUUCUGUUACUUUCGUGGUCGACGGAGUUUGUUGCAGCUAUGGCAUCGUUAUUCAAGAAAAAGACCGUAGAUGAUGUUAUUAAAGAACAGAACAAAGAACUGCGGGGAACGCAGAGACAGAUUACGAGAGACCGGACAGGACUGGAAAAACAGGAAAAACAGCUGGAGAUGGAAAUCAAGAAAAUGGCAAAGACAGGAAACAGAGAGGCCUGUAAAGUUUUAGCCAAGCAGCUUGUUCAAGUGAGGAAACAGAAAACGCGCUCAUAUGCCGUCAGUUCUAAGGUCACCUCCAUGUCCACACAAACCAAGCUAAUGAACUCCCAGAUGAAGAUGGCUGGUGCCAUGGCCACAACCACCAAAACAAUGCAAGCUGUCAACAAAAAGAUGGAUCCGAAGAAGACAAUGCAGACCCUGCAGAACUUCCAGAAAGAGACUGCAAAGAUGGACAUGACAGAAGAGAUGAUGAAUGACACACUGGAUGAGAUCUUUGAGGAUUCUGGUGAUGAGGAAGAAUCUCAGGACAUUGUGAAUCAGGUGUUGGAUGAAAUUGGAAUUGAGAUCUCAGGAAAGAUGGCUCAUGCCCCUUCAACUGGCCGAAAGCAACCAAGCGCCGCUACAUCCAAAGCAGAUGGGAUAUCAGAUGAGGAGAUUGAGAGACAGCUCAAAGCUCUAGGAGUGGACUAGUGCUCGUGCACACAUGCACUCAAACACCUGAUUAUUGCCUGGCAACAGCACACAAUCCACAGAUUCACAAACACGCAUUAGAAUACAUUCAUAACAAAUACAAAUGCAUAGACAGAUGCUGAUAAAUGGACAGUCCAAAAGCUUGUCCAAAAACUCACAGUCACGGACCUGCCUUCUCUGGGAUAACGUGCCACAGAUGGCAAAUGCAAUUUUUGUUUAUUUUUGCUAUUCAUUUAUGACAAUGAGAGAUGACUAUUGAGGUUGUUUAGGACCCUUUCAGGUGAAUCUCAGUUUCAUCUGGCUUUAGAAGGACAAAAAUAACAAGAACAAGUUUGAAUACAUGUGUUGUAAAUGAAUACAUACAAUGCCUUCGAGACUAAGGCGGAUGUGUUCCCUUGAAA